CAGUGUUGUCAGAUCAAAUUGUUAGGAUGAAGUCAUCGUGCACCCCGACCUAGCCUUGUAUCUUAUCGUCGAGUGGCUUGGACCGAACGAUCCUCCCAAGCUUGAAUUCAAUUUACGCGCACGGGCAAGCGUGAGACUUUCGCGUGAAAAGCCAGAUCCCGUCGCGUCAUACUGAGAAUUUGCGGGCGUGACACGUGAACAUGAAGGACGACCGAAUGCACAUCUGCAUUGUACGAUGAUGCGCACAACAGAUAUUUCGUGAUUGGCGCACUACAAUGACACUAUGGUCCGGAGACAUCGCAUUGGAUGCGCAAAGAUCUCUGAGAGGCGUCUCAUUGCUGCGAACAGGGGCAAACGACCGGGCAGCAAUAUUAGCAGAGUCGUCUUUGAAAUUCUUAUCUUUGGUCGAAACUGACCGCGUACCUCUUCAUCUCUGCGCUGGGGCCCCUUACAGCGUUAAUAUCAACGAUGAGCAGACAGGAGCGUAUCUGAGCAGUGUCUUGCUGCCUGUCGGCGACUUUGCCGACAAUCAAACAGGCACUGCGUGGUGGCAGGGUGCUCGUGGCGAUUCUCCUCUCGGCUUGUUGAUUGCUUGCGAUGAACCCAUAAUCACUGCUUCAGCCAGCGUUCGACCUAGGGUGACGGAGCUAUUGUUCUAUGCCAGCCGGAACCACAGAGAUGACAAAUGCGGACGUCUCACACCUCCACAUUCUCCUGAUGCGAAUCCCAGUCCAGAUACGAUACUUCAAACAAACAUUGCGAUUUAUGCGGUCCCGUUAUCCUCAGACCUAAUCACUAAUCUUGACGCAUCAACAACAAUCUCUCCGUCUCACGGAGGUCCAGUCGAGCCAACUUUCAUUUCAUGCGCAUAUGAUGCCGGAGCCGAUGCGGAGGCUAUCAACAUGCCUCCGACGCGAAAGCGUAAGAGCCUAGACGACACGUUUGACGAGGCCGCCGAGCGGCGCCGCAAAGCAAGACGCAUAGGAAUUGAAAAUGCGGCAGCUUCUGGGCAGGCGCAGACUCUUUCGGGGACCCUCCCGAGCCUGAAACAUCGGAGGGCUACAAGCAGUAGCCAUUCAGUCCCUAUUCAAACGCGCCCGCUUUCACGGGCUUCUAGCAUAUCGAACCCGAUGCAAGGAGGUAGCAGAGAAGCAUCACUCCCUGCCACGACCAAGCGCUCAGGCCUUUCCCGCGUCAAGAGCGUAUCCAAUCUACCCGAGAAUGCUGACAAGGACUCAACGGAAAUCAAAAACAAGGACGUAGUCUCUCGUGUCGUGAUGGCUGGGAUGCGCCUGUAUGGAUUUUCGCAGAGCAAAUCGAGAAAGUCGCGAGCCGAAUCGAUAAGCCAAGAAACCAGCGAGCUUGCCGAAACUCAAAGUAGCGAUGAAGAGUAUAAACUACUCUACCACCAAGUUUACAAAGCGACAUGCUUCGCCUUCCGUCGCCAAAUGCAGAAUGUUGCAUUACUUGGCCACUCCGAGGCAUUAAGAGAGACUGCAGACAAACUACUUGCCGUUUUCUGCGCCGAUCCUCUCUCGACUCAGAUUGCGACUUUCGAAGACGAAGUCACUCCUGGUGGCCGAAAGGUAUUCGGAACAACUGGCUCGCUUGCGUCAGCGACGGAGACAUUCUCGGUAUCGGGUCCUACAGGGCGCAGCGUGGAAAACACCCCAUGCAACGGAUCGAGGACCUUUGCCUUGAACGUCACAACGGGAGCAGUAAUGAUUGUAUGAAGUGAUAUCCACGCGUAGAGCCUCAAUUCUUGAAACACUCAGGGUGACGCAGCCCUUCUUCCAUUGCUCGUAUUUGUGCCUGCUCCACUCUGACCACCGUUGUUCACAUCGAAGCCGAACAUUCUGUCUCCAUCUUCAUCUUCGAAAGUCAACUCUUCUCCCGUGGCACUCUCCGUCCG